AUGAGGCCAAUAAAUAGUGUAUCAUCAACAACAUCAACAAUAUCAUCAACCAAUGUUAUCAAGAUAUGGAAAUCACCAAUUCCUUAUCUAUUUGGUGGCUUAGCACUAAUGCUCAUUUUGAUUUCAGUUGCAUUGGUGAUUCUUGUAUGCAACUACAAAAAACGCGGUUCUUCAUCGCAAUCUUCGAAUUCGGAUGAAGAAAUGAAGCAAGUAAUGUCCAAGAAUGUUGAGAUGAUUAAUUCCGAGCCUGAGGUACUUGUGAUCAUGGCUGGAGAAGCUAAACCAACUUAUUUGGCGAAACCGAUUAUCAAUUCUUCUUUGCCUUAUUGCACGUGCGGAGCUGAAUCAAGUUCGACUCGAUCAUUAGGGUUACCCGAUGAGCAAAGGUUGAGUAGUUAA